AUGAAGACAGGGAAUUUUAACUUCGUGCUUGGGCUGUCCGUGGGUCUGUUUUUUGCCUACAUGGUCAACACAUACUUCGCAAGCCCAAGGACCCUUGGGUUAUCAACCACCGUAAAACACAUGACCAUCAGCGAGGCCGGACCCAGGGUCGAGGUUCCAAGAGACACGUUUCUUACUCAAGAGCAUCUUGAUAAGAUACAGAAAAUCAUCCGCCCUGUACAGUUUCAGGACGCGCAUUUGCAUCAUGACGACAACAGAGAGGCCAGAGAACUGUACGAUCAAGUACGGGUUUUAUGCUGGGUAAUGACUAGUCCCCAGAAUCUGCAGGAAAAAGCUGUACAUGUGCGUGCCACGUGGGCUCAGAGAUGUAACAAACUUAUUUUUAUUAGUUCAGUGACUAAUGACAGUUUUCCUACGGUCGGAAUUGAUGUUCCCGAGGGUCGCGAGCAUUUGACUGGUAAAACUAUGAAAGCAUUCCAAUAUGUGUUCGACCACCAUUUCGAUGACGCUGAUUGGUUUAUGAAAGCCGAUGACGACACUUACAUUUUUUUAGAAAACUUACGUUAUUUCCUCUCGGGCCAGAAUAAAGACUCGCCAAUUUAUUUCGGUCACCAUUUUAAGGCAAGUGUUAAACAAGGAUACUUUAGCGGAGGCGCGGGGUACAUAAUUAGCAAGGAGGCGCUAAAAAGAUUUGGUGCCCACGGAACGAACGCAUCCAUGUGCCGCCAAGAUGGCGGAGCUGAGGACGCGGAGUUUGGCCAGUGUAUGCAGAACUUGGGGGUUAAAGUCGGCAACUCCUCUGACCGGUUAGGUCGGAGUCGAUUCCAUUGUUUUGACCCGGCUACACAUCUGAUGGGCAACUAUCCAAGGUGGUAUCAUAUAUUUGACGCGCACGGAGGCGAAAGUGGUCGGGCGAGCAUCUCCGACUAUGCAAUAAGCUUCCACUACGUUCCCCCGGCCAUGAUGUACGAACUGGAAUAUUUUACUUACCAUUUAAGACCGUACGGUAUUCAUUUUGGAAAUCUAGAUUUAAAUCAGGAAGUGACGUAA